AUGUCGGGGGCGGUAAUUGAAAACCUGAGUAACCAAAAGCUUUUUUAUAUUCUAAUAUCGCUUUUUACUCUUCAAAUUGUUUUUUUUCUAAUCGGAGCCUUGUUCGCACCUGUUCCAACCACAUCUAUGGAGUUUGAGAUGUCGAUGUGUAAUGAUCCCUCUAAGGGAGAAUCAAAAAAUUGGUUCUACAUCAGACCCCAAGGGGAAUGUACUCGUAUUGAAGAUCUGGAAAAACAUACGCCAUCUGGUUCUUUCGAUCUUCGAGAGGUAGUGUUCGUUGCUCAAAUGCCACAUGUGAGGAAAGUUGAAUUGAAGUAUUCUCCUUGGUUUCAAUUUCUUCUUGGUAUUCUCCAUGUCGAAGUCAAAUACAGCGAUGUUUUCAAAUACACUCCUGCUGCGAAGUUUCACCUCGAAGUCCGUAUGGGAUACAUGGAUGAUGGCGAUUCACCUGGAACAUGGAAAGACUAUAUAAACACCAAUGUGAGCCGAACUUUGGAUUGUUCCAUCGAUGAAAAAAAGAAAUCGGAUGGCAAUGUUUAUGAUUGUGAUCUGAUUGACUUGUUCCAAUUACCGUCCAACGAUCAUUCCUUUUAUCUUUUGAAUAUUCGUAUACCCAUCGACCAGGAAGCUUGCAGCGAAGAUCCACAGAAAGCUGCUAACUGUUUGCUAGGAAAGAUAACGCAUUUAUCUCUUAUUGCGAUUCACCAGAAUGGAGGAUUCACAGCUAUCUGGCUCUUGUUGAAAACCAUAGUCUCACCUAUCUUGAUAGCUGCAGUCUAUUGGUAUUGGAACAGAAUUACACAUAUGGCUAGACGUCCGAUGCUGUUAGAAAAGGCCAUCAUGGCUUUGGGCUGCAGCAUGGCUGUAUUAGAUUUUCCUAUCGAGUGGUUAUCAAUUCUUGGAAAAGUUCCAUUCUUGCUCUUAUUAGCAGAUAUUCGUCAGGGUAUUUUCUAUUGCGUACUAUUUUCUUUCUGGGUAAUCUUCGCAGGUGAACAUUUGAUUGACGAUACUACAAGGAAUAAUAUAUUAUCAUAUCGUUUCAACUUGUUCUUCAUCUGUGUUGCUUCAACUGCUCUCCUAGUGUAUGAUAUUUUAGAGCGUGGAAUGCAACUGUCAGAUCCCUUCCAUUCCAUAUGGUCUACGGAAAACGGAACAAUGCUUGCUUAUUUAUCGCUUUAUUUGGCAACAUUCUGUACUGUAGUGUACUUCGUAUUUUUAUUUUAUAAAAUAUGGAAGGUUUGGACAACAAUCAAACGGAAACGAGCUGCUCAAUUAUAUAGAACUUGUGAAAAUAGGCGAUUAAAGGUUGAAGGAAUUAUCUACCGCUUUAAGUUCCUUAUGGUCUUCACACUAGUCUGUGCUGCACUAACAAUAGUCUCUUACAGCUUACAACAGCAUGGAGAAGCUCAACUUACAGAUGACGGUGAUGGAAUACUAACUCACAGUACUUCUGCAUUCUUCACCGGCACAUUCGGAAUGUGGAAUAUUUACGUUUUGUUAUUGUUGGCUAUGUAUGCUCCUUCCUACAAACAAUACUCUGGAGCAACACAGCUUAUCGAUGAGAACGAAGAUUUGAUGGACGGAACAACGGAAAGUAAUCCCAUGACAGCUUUUCUCAAGCCUGCCACCGACUAA